AUGGCGCUUUUCAGAGACUACCUACGAGAUCAUGCUAAAUUCUACUGUCCACCCGUCGACAGUCACCAGACGGAAUCCAGUGCCUUGAGGGAUGUUGAAGUUGAGCAAGCGUUGGCUCUCUGGGAUGCGCAUCGUGCAGUGGUAGAAGCUCGCCGUGAUACGCAGAUGGUUGAUGCACUUAUCGAUGUCCUUGAUGAAGAGCUUGGUGAGGAUUCUGCACCAAAGAAUAUCAACGGAUGGCUCGAGCAAAAAUAUGACGAGGACAUGCAGAGGACUCGUGUAAUAAGGACAGAAUCAGACGUCAGAAGCUGCGUAGAUCGAGGACCUCUUAAUGUUUUCGAGCUUAUUAUGAUAUCUCUCGAUAACCCCGUCGAGGUUGGAAAUGUAACAGAUAUCGGAUCUAAGUUAGACUAUGUGCUGUCCACAGCGGAGGGCAAGAAGGCUUUAGUCAAACUGAAGGCUCCAAGUAUCAUCGAUUUGGCCGCAGAAGAACUUUCUGAACUGUCCAAUGAUGAAGUCGGGUUCAACGUACCGUUGGAUUCACAAUCACUCGAAACAGGAAUGAAAGUCAUUGCCAAGGCUUGUGUACACAUGAUCUUGUACAGAGCAGAGUGGCUCGCAUUGACGUGCUUCACAAAAUGGGUGUUCCUUCGACUCCACAGUCGUGGUACAGGGGAAGCGCCAUACAUCACAUAUUCGACUAUUGAAAGGCAAUUAGACAAUACCAGACCGUUCUGUGCUUUGCUUGGGAUGAUGCUGGCUUAUUCAAGGGAUAUCAGUGUCCCAUCCAACGCCGACAUGAACGGGCAGCUUCGGCCAGUUCCAGUGACAAAGGCGGAGCCACGAGUCAAUCACUACAGUAGAAAACGCGGUAGCUCACCAUCUUCGUCCUCUGGUUACCUAAUCACGUGGUCACCAAAAGCCAUGCCGAAUAAGAGAUGGCUCGAAUUUCAUGCUGUGGACACUGAUCCAUUUCCGGCUUUGGGCAAAGACACUAUUCGGCUAUGUGUCCACCGCAACAUUGGGCAUGGAUCAACUGGGGUUGUCUUUGAGGCGAUUCCUGAAGGUGACGAACAUAACGGAGCCAUAGAACGGAGGAGUUACGCGAUUAAAACGGUUGGGAAAGGCGAAACACUCGAAGAGCAGAGUUGUGCUCAGCGUCUUUUCAACGAGCUUGAGAUAUAUCGCCACAUUGAACAGACAUCUCCAGCGUCUGUGAAGAUUGUACCGCAGUGCUAUGGACUUUUUGAAAUAAACCGAACACGGGCAUUAGUCAUGGGUUAUGAAGGGAAUGUGCUCAGGCACGAUGGGGAGUGGUCGGAGCUAUCACUUGCUGAUAGGAAGGAGCUGUUCAAUGUGAUAUCGACUCUACACGGACUUGGAGUCUAUCAUGAUGUCUUGGAGCCUCGGAAUGUUGCCCGAGUCGGCGACAGGUCGUUCAGAAUUAUUGACUUUACUUCGAGCAAGCUACAUGAUUGCCACCCUGAGACUUGUGCAGAGUUGGAUCAUAUUAAAACCCUAUUCGGAUUGCAGCAACGGGAUGGACAAUCGCCUGAUCGACCAGACUCCAGCGUUAUCCACCACAGGGGGAACUUCCGACCCAUGGCCCUCAACUCUUCUCGAGAACUCUUGCAUCUUGCCCUCUUUUGUAUAGACAACCUGCUCUUCGCGCGACGCCCCGGGCUCAUCCAAAAUCGUCCUAUUUUCAAACGGCAUUGCGGUCAAUCGAGCCUCUUCCGACGCCUCACUCAACUUCUUCGAUAA